GUGAUUGUUCUAAUUCAGUUCACCUGAGCAGGUUUAGGCUUGGCUUCUCUUCUUCUGUUUCUGGUUCCUGAUAAUGUGACAAACUAAUGUCAUCUUUAACAUGUGGAAACAAGACACUUACAAUGAGGUUCCAGGUUCAGGCUGGCAGACAGGAGCCAAAGCAGCAGUGACGAAGAAAGCCACUCUCCAGAUCCUGCCCUGUACAGUGUCCCAGCUUCUAUCUGCCUCUCUGGACCACAAUGAGGUCUUUGCAAUUGGGGAUCUGGAGCUCAACCAGGUGUCUCUGGUGGGCAUUAUCCGCAGGUCUUCUCCCUGUGCUACCUACAACCAGUACUUUGUGGAUGACAUGACCGGGCCUCCUCUGACUGUCCGCCAGUGGUUCAAUGCAGAUGAUUCUUCCGAUCAGGUGGACCUUGAACCAGGAGUGUAUGUGAAAGUGCAUGGGAGUCUGCGGAUUUACCUAGGUAAAAAGUCUUUGUUGGCUAUGAACAUCCGCUGUGUCACAGAUAUGAAUGAGAUCACCUCCCAUAUGUUAGAAGUGGUAUAUGCUCACAAGCAGCUCUUUGGAGAGAGUUGUGAUGUGAAUAUGAAUGCAUUACCAGUGUCUUAUGUGCCCGAAACAUCUGAAGAAUACACAACAACAGACUUGUCCAUCAGUCAGGGACAGGUGUGGCAUGUAAUCAGACAGCACUCAGUGAAACGAGAGGGCAUCAGUUUCCAGGACCUGGUCACACUGUUGGACUACAUUGGUAUUCAGGAAAUUAGGAAGUCCUUGGCGUUCCUGAUAAAUGAAGGACAUGUUUUCUCCACCAUUGACGAGAACCAUUUCAAGUCCACACAUUAGCAGAUCAUGUCAAAACAGUUCAAAAUGACUCGAGUACAAUGGUGCAAAACAUGGUUGACAGCGAAGUAGAGAGGUUUUCUGUUCAAAUGUUGUUUGAACUCAAAGUGUGAAAUAUGUUGUAAAUGAUGCUUAAGAAAUUUUGCAUUUUGAAUUGUGUGUGUUUAAAUUGUUCUUCUGCAGAUUUUGUUGUGUGUUUGAUAAAUAUAUUAUAGAAAGAAACUUCAGCUCUAAA